UUCGCUUCAGCUAUAGCGGGAAGGACUUUCGCGGGGCGGUGAGCCUUUCGCAACACUCCACUCCUCCGGACCUGUGGCGCGCGGCAUCCUCGCUUCAAAUUCAGGGACUAGUUGUACUCGCCCAAUCACCGGCCUCUUGCUCGCCCCGUCCCUUCUCGCCGUCCAAUCCUAGGCCGGCUCUGAGUCCCCUCCCCGUGGCUCGUGCCGCGAACGGACGUAAACCUGAGGGCGCGCUGUACGGCCAGUCCGGGCGGCCUCGGGUGCGGGGGAUAUGCGCAGGCGCAUUUGCAGUGCCACCGGGACGUCCCCUCCCUCUGGACCUUUCCGGCCAACUCUCGGCUCCCGACCCUGGAGUCGCGGGCUUGAGUCUGUUUAGUAAAACAUGAGGUCCUUUUCAAGGCAGUCGUUUGGAGGACAGCUGUUUUUAUGAAAGUAUCUCCGUUUGCUGUUGCCAUUUUGAGGUCAUUCGACUGGAGUUUUUACUGUUCCAAAAAUCAAAAUUUUUCACCGAAUUUCAGUUUUGUGAUCAAAGUUUACGUGAGAUGGAAGAUUUUCGAGGUAUAGCUGAAGAGUCCUUUCCAAGCUUUUUAACCAAUUCAUUACUUGGUAAUAGUGAGAUUUUGGAAAAUGUCACUCUUUCUUCAAAUCUUGGCUUACCUGUCGCUGUUUCAACACUUGCUAGAAAUAGAUCCAUGACUGAUAACAGGUAUUCUGAUAUCCAGGCAUCUUAUUUAGCAGAAAGGAGGUUUUCAGUUCCAUCGGAGUCAUCUCCCAGUAGCCAGAGUGAAGCUGAAUCAAGAGAGAAGUUACACCUUAGCUUCCAGGAUGAUGAUUGUAUCUCUAAGAAAAAGAACCAUAUAGAAAGUCAGCAUUUGUCAGAUGCUGUUCUUGAAGAGUCUGAUUUGCAAAGAAAUAUAGCAAGAACAGAAGAGGAGCAAGCUAAAACUGCAGAAUCCUUUCAGAGCCAAAAUCAUUUUGAUAGGAUUUCACCACUGGAACAAGUGCAAGACUCGCCUAUUGAUUUUUGUUUACAAUCAUGGACGAAUAAUAAGGAGAACAAGAUUGUUGUUCCUCAUGCUGGAAAGAAAUUUGAAGACAAGAAUCCAAACAAUGACUUAAGCCACACUAGUUUAUUAGAAAAUGAGAAACUUAUGUCACUGACAAGCUUGGACGAUUCUUCUGAUGAUGAUAUUGAUGAUGAAGAGUUUUAUGAUGAACAUUUGGAGGCUUAUUUUGAGCAACUGGCUAUUCCAGGAAUGUUAUAUGAAGACCUAGAAGGACAAGAACGCCCAGAAAAAGAUUUUAAAUUACCUGCAAAUGAUCCAUUUCAGGCAAAUGAAAAUGGUAGUUUAAACUAUAAAUCUCAAUCAGAAAAUAACAGCUCUCUGACUUCCCAUGGCUCACACUCUUCAGGAAAUUCUGAAACAAUCCACAAAGAGUCUGAAGAAGGCCAUGUUGUUUGUGUGCCUGGGAUCAGUAAAUUUAUAGAUACUGGAGAUAGUAGAAGGCAUGUAGAUGGUGUGUUAUCAUUUUCUUCUAGUACUCAGAGAACUGAGCAAGAGAAAGAAAGGGCAGACAGUUUGAAGGGUAUUAUGUCACAUCAUGGCAGAGAGAGGGCAAGAGAAGAAGUUCCUGUGAAGACUAUCAGGGCUACUAAUGCGAAAUUUAACCCUGUUUAUUUUCAUGACACAAAUGCCAGUGAAGGUGAUUUUGAUGUAAUGGACCCUUUAAAGCUGGAGGCCAGGUCUCUUCAUCAAAAUAAGCACUUGGCAUCUGGUUCAAAAACAGUUUUACCUGUGGAUAGAUGUUUAGACACGGAGACUCCUAAAGUGUCCAUUCAAAAAUAUAUGGACAGAGCAUCUUUGAAGCCUGUUAGUGACAAUGAAAUUAAUUCCACUGAUACUCUUCAGUCACCAACAAGUGAAAGAAGGACAUGUGAAUGUUACAAGUCCACUGAAAAGAGUAAAGAGCAAAUAGAUCUGCCACAGAGUGUGGUCUAUCAAAAUGAAGAGGGCAGAUGGGUCACUGACCUUGCAUAUUAUACAUCUUUUAAUAAGGAACAAGUUUUAAAUAUGGCUCUAACUGAUGAGAUAAAUGAAGACUUCAGAUCUGGUUCUGAAGCAUUGGAUUUGAUUGCACAAGAUGAAGAGGAAUUUAAUAAAGAGCAUCAAUUUAUGCAGGAAGAAAAUAUAGAUGCCCAAAACACUUCAGCUGCACUAGGGGAUACGUCUUGGGGAACUUCAAUUAAUUACAGUUUGUUGAGGAAAUCACUUAGCACAUCAGAUUUGGACAAAGAUGAUGCCAGUUAUUUACGCCUGUCUUUAGGAGAGUUCUUUGCUCAAAGAUCUGAAGCUCUUGGUUGCCUUGGUGGUGGUUACAAUGUGAAAAGACCAUCAUUUGGUUAUUUUAUUAGAUCACCAGAGAAGAGAGAACCUGUUGCUCUCUUAAGAAAAUCUGAUGUAUCAAGAAGUAAUUUGGAAAAAGAAACGGCUCAUGUUAACCAUGAUGUAUUUUCAGGAGACCUAAAAGCACAGCUAAGUGAAGAAUCAGUUACACUUCAGGCUGAAGAACUGGAGAGUAUUUCACAAGUGGAUGAAAGUGAUGUGACAUUAACGGCCAGUAACAGCAAAAUAGAGGACACUUCCUUCAUGAGUAGCAAACCCCAAAGAUACAAAAGCAAGCCACUUACUGGUGGUGAUUCUGUACUUAGGAUAAGCACCAUUGCUUCAGCCAUUGCAGAUGCAUCAGUGAGUACUGAUCCUUCCCAACUUGCUGCCAUGAUCAAGGCACUUUCAAAUAAAACCAGAGAGAAGACUUUACAGGAAGACGAUAAACAAAAGGACUAUUCCAUUGUGUCUCAGUUUGUGCCUAAUGAUACAGAAAAAAGUAAUGGAUCCAGCAUGUUUGAUAUGGAGAAAUACCUUAAAAAAACAGAAGUUAGUAGGUGUGAAGGUGGGCUGGAAAACUUUUCAAGAGCUGGUGUGUCUGAUAUUUGGGAUUUAUCUUUACCAAAAGAACAGACUACACAAGAUAUCCAUACAGUGGACUUAGAUGCUGCUAAUAUAAGGGAACCAGAAAAAAAUACAGCAUGUACUUUUUAUGGUGGAAAUGGAGAGCACAAGAAUCAAGAAUCAUUUAGAGCAAGCUCUCCAAAUUCAAUUCUUACAAAUAGAGAAGAGAGUGAAAGUGCAAUAGUUGAUGUGAAGACAUACCCUAUUGGUAACAAAUUACCAGAUAUUGGCCAUCACAAAACAGCCACCUCAGUAUGCACUCCAAUACCUAAUAAUUAUUCAUUAGUAAAGAACCCCGGAGUAGCAUCCGUUUGGAUGUCAGAAGAGUGUGAAGAAAUACAAAAUAAUAGAGAAAAUCAGAGCCAAAAUGAGUAUCUUAGUGAAGGAAGCAACAGUGAAAAACAUGUGACUUUUGGAAAACAUUCCAUAAUUGCGCCUAAAAAUGUUGAUUUGAAAAAUCACUCUCCUGAGCAUGGUGAACACAGCUCAGAGGACGACCAGGAAAGCUUCAGACCUUCCUCCUCUCCACUGAGUCAUUCUUCUCCUAGUGAAAUAUCUGGAACAAGUUUAUCAGGGUGUGCUUCAGAGUCUUCUGGUUCAGCAGCUCAUCAGAAGCUUCCCUGUGAGAGUGAGUUGUCUCAGUUGGUGUGUCCACAAGCUAGUGUGAGUAGGCUGACUUAUGUGUCUGAACAAGAGAGCACCUGUCCCACUCUAGCCUCAGAUCAUUGCCUUGAGGACUGCAAGAGUGAUGUCACCAGUGAAUUGAGUACCACAAUUAUUCAAGCCAGUCCAGUUCCAUCAGAGGAACAGGCUGUGGAAAAACUGACAGAAAAAGGUUCAUUUCAAAGUAGAAGUAAAGGAGCACUAUCGUAUAUUAUCCAAAAAGACUCAGAUACAGGCAAUGUGGCAGAAACGACUUCUCUGAGUAGCAAACCUGAAGAUGCAAAACCUUACUUUAGGUUGAGUGAAGAUCUUUCCUCCAAGAGUGGAGAUCUAUCGGAAGCCAGUGCAGUCGGGUUGACCUCUCACCCCACUGAAUUGGACCAGAUGGGCCUGGCUCUACUGAGCAAGACAGGUCUCGCCCGCCCAGCCAUGUCAGCGAUGCCACACCUCCCUGUGUCACGUCAGGCUUCUGUGAAUGAAAGUGAAAGAGUAUCCUCUGAAGAUACGCUAACUGCCAGCAGUGCAGUAAGUAGCCAGAUUCCUCAUCGGAUGGCCCCUGGAAACGAGGGCGCCCCUAUUCCCAGCACCAUGGCUCGUGGCUCUGCUCCUGAGAUGCAGAACGUGCCCACUGCACUUCCUACACUCUUGACUCAACAUUCUUUUACCACGGCUCCCUUUGCCCAGCACUAUUUAGGAACACUGUCUUCAGCUGGAAAUGUUGUUUUGCCUCAGUGCCAUGCUGGCAGCGCCACUGUCUGUGGAUUUUCGGGAAGCUGUCCUUAUUCUGCUGUUGCAGGAGAGCAUGUUCAGAACUCUGUGGCCAUGGGAAUUUGUCUAGGGCAAAAUACCAGCUCUGGAUUGAUGGGUACCUCUUCCCUUUAUAACCCAUAUUCUAAUGCCUUAAAUCAGAAUCUUCUAAGUACAGCAAAACCUUUUCCCGUGCAGUCCAUUGGUACAAACUGUGGAAUUGAACCAUGGGAUUCAGGAAUGCCGUCAGGAUUUGGGAAAGUCAGAGUACCUGAGGAGUUGAAGUUUCCUCAUGCUUGCUGUGUUGGCAUUGCUUCCCAGACCCACCUUAGUGUACUUAACCCAACUGACCGCUGGCUACAGGUCAGCAUUGGGGUUCUCACUGUUAGUGUUAAUGGUGAAAAGGUGGAUCUUUCAGCAUAUCCUUGUUUAGUUUUCAAGAAUAAAGUCAUCAUAAGACCUCAUGCCACAGAAGAGAUAAAAGUACUUUUCAUACCAUCUGAUCCUGGGAUUUUCAGAUGUAUAUUCAGUGUUGCUUGUUGGCCAUUUUCAGCAGAUGCUGAGACCAUAGCACAAGCAGAAGCCUUGGCAAGCAGAGUCGUUCUCACAGCUGUUGCUGAGACGCCUGUGAUUGAGGUAGAAACAGAAAAAAAAGAUGUUCUUGAUUUUGGUGACUUGACUUAUGGAGGCUGGAAAGCUUUGCCAUUAAAAUUGAUAAACAAGACUCAUGCCACUGUGCCAAUCAGACUUGUUAUUAAUGCUAAUGCCAUAGCCUGGCGCUGCUUCACAUUUUCCAAGGCACCCAUCCAUGCUUCUUUGAAAGCAGCUCCGUAUGCUGACAUGAUUGCUCAGCUGGCAGCUCCUUCUGUGGUCAACCACAUGAUGCCUGCCAGUUAUGACGGACAGGAUCCAGAAUUUCUGAUAAUUUGGGUUCUUUUCCAUAGUCCAAAGAAACGGAUCACUUCUUCAGAGAUUUUAGGCUCAGCAGAAGAGUUCUUGGCAAGAGUCGAUAUAGAAGUUGAUAGCCCAAACCCUACCCCAGUCAUUAAAAGUAUUGGUCUUCAAGCAAGAACAGGAAUAGCUAGGAUACAUGCUCCAAAAGACUUACAGACUAUGCACCUGUUUGCCAGUUUGGCUUCCUCAGCAAAGCAGCACUUACCUUUGAAAAAUGCAGGGAAUAUUGAUGUUUACUUAGAUAUCAAGAUCCCAGACCAAGGAAGUCACUUUUCAGUGGAUCCAGAGAAUCUAUUCCUUAAACCUGGAGAAGAACAUGAAGUUAUAGUUACAUUUACUCCAAAGGAUCCCAAAGCCUGUGAGGAAAGGAUCUUGAAAAUAUUCGUGCAGCCAUUUGGACCACAGUAUGAGGUGAUGUUAAAAGGUGAAGUAGUUUCUUCAGGAAAUAAACCUCUAAUACCUGGAUCUUGCUGCUCAGAUGCUCCAUCAAUUUUGUCCAACAAGCAGUUUCUGGCCUGGGGGGGUGUCCCUCUUGGUAGAAUACAGCUUCAGAAGCUAGCUUUAAGAAAUAAUUGUACAUCUACAACCCAGCAUCUGCGACUGCUCAUUAGAGGACAAGACCAGGACUGCUUUCAGCUUCAGCACACUUUUGGUUCAGAAGAGCGACUGACCAGUAACUGUGAGAUUAGAAUGCGUCCAAAGGAAGACAUUUACAUCUCUGUGUUAUUUGCUCCUACUCGAUUAUCUUGUAUGUUGGCUAAACUAGAAAUUAAACAACUGGGAAUUCGAUCACAACCAGGCAUUAAGUUCACGAUACCUUUGUCUGGAUAUGGAGGAACAAGUAAUCUUAUUUUGGAAGAUGUUAAAAAGUUAUCUGACAGUUACAUGGUAACAGUGAAUGACUUAAUACCUGGAAAAGAAAGUAGAAUUGUUUUUUCUGUUCAUAACACUGGCUGUCGGGCAGCUUUUGUUAAAGCAGUAGGUUUUAAGGAUUCUCAGAAAAAAAUUUUGCUGGAUCCUAAAGUACUAAGGAUUUUUCCAGAUAAAUUUGUGCUCAAGGAAAAAACACAAGAAGAUGUUACUAUAAUAUAUAAUCCUUCAGACAGAGAGAACAGUUCUACAACUAUAACAGAACUGUCAACUGUAUACUUCUUUGGUGGCGAUGAAAUCUCAAGGCAGCAGUAUCGAAGAGCCCUAUUGCACAAACCAGGGAUUAUAGAACAAAUACUUCCAGAACAUAGUGUGCUGCAGAACAUUGAUUUUGCUGAAACAUUUCAGGAUGAGUUACAAGUAACUGAAGUGUAUGAUCUUCCCCAACGGCCUAAUGAUAUUCAGCUCUUUUAUGGAAACAUGCGUAAAAUUAUACUUUCAGUAAUUGGAGAAUUCAGAGACUCCGUGUCUAGCAGUGAAUUCCUUCAGCCUUCUUCCAAAGCUAGCGUAGAAUCUAAAAGUGAAUCUGACAGUUCUGGGAAACAUGGUGGCAAUGUUUCUUUGGAUGUUUUGCCAGUUAAAGGUCCUCAAGGUUCUCCACUUCUUUCAGAAGCUGUUCGCCCACCUCAAGAUAAAUCAUUCUCGAAGGAAAUGUGGGCUGUCCAGCCUGAACACUUGAUUUUGAUAGCUCCUUCUCCUUGUGACCUGGCAAAAACUGCAUGUUUCCAGAUUUUAAAUAAUUCCAUUAGGUUACUGAAAUUUGAGUUGUACUGGCCAGCACAUUGCCUUACAGUAACACCACAACAUGGAUUUAUCCCACCAGAGAGUAAGCUACAAAUUCUUGUGAGUCCUAAUUCCUCCUUAUCCACAAAACAGUCAAUGUUCCCGUGGAGUGGUUUGAUUUAUAUACACUGUGACAAUGGACAGAAGAAAAUUGUGAAAGUUCAAAUUCAAGAAGACUUGACCCAAAAAGAACUCCUCACUCGUUUGGCUUCUAGCCCAUUUGGAAUCCUUUCCCCAGGAACUGAGCCUUCAGUUUGUCAUCUGGUAAAACCAAUGACAAAACCACCUUCCACAAAAGUUGAGAUAAGAAACAAGACUGUUACUUUUCCUGCAACAGAACCUGGUGAAACUUCAGAAAAUUUUCUGGAACUUGAGAAUCAUGGUAACACAGAAGUGAAGUGGCAUCUGUCAUCUUUAGCUCCACCUUAUGUCAAGGGAGUCAAUGACAGUGGAGAUGUCUUUAGAGCUACCUAUGCAGCAUUCAGAUGUUCUCCUAUUUCUGGUAUACUGGAAAGCCAUGGAAUUCAAAAGGUCUCCAUCAUGUUUUUGCCCAGAGAUAGAGGAGAUUAUGCUCAGUUUUGGGAUGUUGAGUGUCACCCCCUUAAAGAGCCUCACAUGAAACAUACCUUGAGAUUUCAACUCUCUGGACAAAGUGUCAAAAUAGAAAAUGAGCCUGAAAAUUCAGAAAUUUCCACAAACUCUCUCAUUAAACUAGAUAAUUUAGUUAAACCCCGGAGACCAGCUGUAUCAGAGGCUUCUGCUCUCGUACCUGGCAGGCAGCUUGACUUGACUCACCGUGGGGUUUAUGCCCCAGAAGAUGUAUAUCAGUUUCUGCCGACUAGGGUCGGGGAAUCAAGGACGCUGAAAGUCAACUUGCGAAAUAAUUCUUUCAUUACGCACUCUCUGAAGUUUUUAAGUCCCAGAGAGCCUUUCUACGUCAAACAUUCAAAAUAUUCUUUGAGGUGACUACAAUGACAUAGUGAUGGAAUCAUGUAUAUUAAUAUUUUAAAAAAAGGAGACUAAAGAUGAGCUCCUGCUGGCCUGGAAGAAGCAAACAGCUGUGGUAUGACCUGCCCAAGAAGCUGAGAGAGGCCUCCAAGAGGUGACAGUGACUAGAAGUCGACAGCCAGCGGCAAACUGAAUGCUACCAAAGGAAUGAGCUUAGAAGGGGCACUCCAAGCUCCAGAUGAGAGCACAGGGCAACCGACACAUUGAUUUUAGCCUCAUGAGAUCCUGAGCAGAGAAUCCAGCCAUGCCGCGCCGGACUUCCAAACUACAGAACUGUGAGCUAGUCAGUGGGUGUUGUGUUAAACCUCUUAAGUUUGUGAGGAUUUGUUAUGCAGCCACAGAAAACUAGUACAGGGGCCUACAAAUACAAAUGUGUAUUAGUUCAUACUUUUUUAAAAUGAAAGAAUAAAUAAAAAGCUAAUAAAAAUCAUUAUAUUAGUGUGAGGGAGGAAACACAGGGUGAAAGUUACCCUAACUUGAAUGUACUUUGCUUUGUAGAUUUGACUUUAAAACCAUGUAAACACGUUACAUAAUUAUAAAUCAAUAUUAAAUUAAAGUUAAAAAAUCAAUCUGUAAAAAUAAAAAAUUAAAAUAAAACAAGUGAAACUAAUUCACACCACACAAAGAGAAUUACUUCAAAUGACUUUAGAUUUCAAUAAUUUAAUUGUGCAUCCCUAGUGGAAUGUAUCCUAAGGCCAAAAAGUAUUACAAAUGCAUCUUCAACUCUAUUGUGAAGAAUUAUAUAUGAGCAAUUAAUCAUAUGAUUACUACUAAUAAUAUUAUGGGUAUUGUUACUCAAAAGCUAUGAAGUUUGGUAGGCUGAAGCAAAUAUUUAAUUGUAUUAUGUCAUUAGAAGCCAAAAUUUUCAAUAGAAGAGAAGAGAAAGAAGUAUGAAAUUAAACAAAUUAAGUAAAAACUCUUUAAUACUAAGUUUGAAUUGUGAAUAGUAGAAUAACCUCAUGGUAUGUUUCUUUUGAAAAAAUUUAUUUCCUGGCUCGGUCUGUUGAAAAAUUCUACAAUCAAUGUUAACUGAGGAGCAAAGGGCACCCCUGCCUUCCAGGAAAAAGAACCAGACAUCCCUGGAGAAACACUGCUUCCAGGCCUGAGGAAUAAUAUGUCCAGAAUCCGGAACACCCUGUCUCACCAGAAAGCAAGGAAUCCAUCACAGACAGCCAGGGUCACAUCAAAAAGACUCAGAUGCCAACUUGUAGGGGUUUUCUUAGGCCACAAAUGUGACCAUUUCAACAUUAAAAAGGAUAGUAACUACAAAGGGUUGAAACACAUUUAAUACGUCUAAAUCCAGGACUUCAUACUGAGACAAGUAAAAAUCACAACUCAUCACUUACCUUUGGAGGAUGCUAAGAAACCAAUACUUUGUUUCUGAAAACUUGCAAAUAAAAGAAAACAAUCAUGUACUUAUCCUGCAGUUGUGUUAAAACUAUAACUCACAGUAAUCAAAUAGUUGAUGAGGGGAAAUCCUUUUUCUUAUAGACAAAUUCCAGCUUAUUGUCCAGAAUAAAGAAGGAAAAAUAGAACAUUACCAUUAUGCCACCUUUAAUGAAAGAAUAGACCAAGGCCUAUUCCUGCCAUCCAGGGUUGCUCAGACAAUCUGGGCACUGCUGAUGUGGAAUGGGUACAUCAGGCUGAUGACAGCCACACCCACUGUUUAAUCUCAGCCUCACAAAAUGAGAGACAUUGUACUUCCUCCUUUGGUGCAUUGUGAAGUCCACACUAUAACAUAGUCUUGCCAAAGAAAUCAAGCCUGAGUAUGUUCAUAUCUCUAGAUUUAACUACAGUUUACAGCAAAUACAGGUGUACAAAGAAAUUUCAGUGACAAUGUGGUAGGCAGAAUAAUGCCCCCCCUCCCAAAGAAGUGCACUCCCUUGUGAUGUCCCCUGACCCUUACUUGCCAAAAAAGGGAUUUGCAGAUGUGAUUAACAUUGUGGACUUUGAGUCCUUAGAGCAGAGAACCCUUCCCAGUGUGACCAGAGAGAGAUGGCACCAUAGGACAUGGUCAAAGGCAAGCAACAAAAGGACCUGCUCUGCAGUACAGGCUUUGAGGAUGGAGCCACGGACUGUGGGUGGCCUCUAAAAGUGGGGAAUGGCCUUCAGCUGACAGCCAGCAGAGAAACAGGGACCUCUGGCAACAACCACAAGGCACUGAAUUCUGCCAACCACCAAAUCAACAGGGGAAUAAGCUUUGAGGAAGACAGGCAGCAAACCAACACCAACUUUAGCUUGGUGAAACCAAAGGGGACUUCUGACUUUCAGAACUACAGAAGAAGACAUUUGUUUUGAUUAAGGUGCUAAGACUGUGGUGAUGUGUUUUCCAGGCAAAUAAUUUUGUUUAGUGUAAGUAAGUACUUAAAACAUUUCUAUACAAUAAUUUCUACAGAAAUCCUCCUCUAAAGUUGUUUUGUGACCAUGAAAAAAUUACAGAACUGCUUUGAAUUACAGUUUCUUUUUCCACUAAAUGAACAGACUAGACAAGAUAAUUCAAAAUCUUCAAAAUAAGAUGGCCAUUACCACUUUAGAAAGAGAACAUCAGAAUAAUUAAAAGCAUUGGAUUUAAAUUCAUGAAUUCAUUAAUUUAUUCAGCAAAUAUUUAUUGAACAGCUACUAUGUGCCAGCACUGUGUUAGACCUGGAGACAAGGUCUUUAUCAUCAUAGAAUUUAUCUUCCAUUUCUUUUUAAUGUGAUAAAAAACACAAAACAUAAAAGUUACCAUCUUAACCAUUUUGAAGUGUUGUACAGUAUUGUAUUAACUAUCAACACUUUGUGGUACAAUAGAUGUUUAGAACUUUUUCAUCUUGCAAAACUGCACUGUGGUUUUGUACUAUGUUUUGAAUUCAGGAAAUGUGAGGCCUCCAGCUUUGUUUUUCUUUCUCAGGAUUAUUUUGCUUAUUCAUCAUUCUCUUAAAUUCCAUAUGAAUUUUAGGAUGUUUUUCUCUAUUUCUAAAAAAAUGCCACUGAGAUUUUGGUAGGUAUUGUGUUGAAUCUCUAGGACACUUUGGGUAGUAUGG